AUGAGUGGCCUCCUCAAGAAGUAUUUCCACAGCCGCUUCUUCCAACCUCCAAUGACACUGCAGGACAAGGUGGUUUUGCCCUCUAGAGGGAGCUAUACCAUCACCCUCCAGUUGGCAGCUGUGAUGUGCUGUGUGACAGUAUGCGGCGGGACCCCUGACCCCAGUCAGAGGGAGACGAUGUUGCACCAAGAGGACCCCAGGCAGACAGGAGGCCGUGUGCAGUUGACAGGGGCAGAGCAGCAGCUCGACACACAUUUUCACAAGCUAAAAGAACAAGAGAUGGCCGUAGCCCAGUUCCCUCCUGCCAUUCACUUCUUCAAGGCACGGCGCCACAUCCAUAGGAGUCCCAUCUUUAGCCUGCUGCAAAUGAUGCCCAAAGGGGCAGCCCUCCACAUCCACAGCUUAUCCCUGGUGAGUGUUGAUUGGCUGGUGAAGAACAUCACAUACAGGCCCCAUUGUUACAUCUGCUUCACAUGGGGCAGGUCUGCUGCAGCGGUAGUGGUCGAUAAGGGCCCUGUCGUACCAUCCCGCUACUGCGGCCAGGGUCCGAAAUUCCAGGGCAAACUCCUGGGCGCUCCUCGUCCCCUGCCUCAGGUGGAAGAGACGUUCACCUGCCGCUCUACCCUCGGGCGGGUGGUCGAAGACUGCCCGCCCGAGGUGAACUCCUCGAAGUCAUCCAACGCCGCAUCUCCUUCUCCCCACACGGCUCGUGACAAUGGGUAUGCGUUGGCACACCACCCACUGGCAAAGGAGCUCUCCAUGAAAGACAACGUGGCUGUGGAAGUAUGCCCCAUCUCAAACCAGGUGCUGAAGCUGGUGUCCAACCUAAGGAACCACCCUGCAGCUGUGCUGAUGUCUGAGGGCUACCCCAUGGCGGUCAGCUCUGAUGACUCGUCCCUGUUUGGGCCCACUGAGCGUUCCUAUGAGGUGUUUGUGAGCAUCGGUGGCUUGAGGGCUAACCUGGGCACUCUCAAGGAGCUGGCCAUCAACUCCAUAAGAUAUAGCUCACUGCUAUCACAGUUGAAGGAGAGAGGGCUGGCCAUGUGGCAGAGGAUGUGGGAUAAAUUCAUCUCUGAGAACUCAGACAGUAAUCCCUGA